CAGAUUUCCUCCCUUACCCGCUGAUCUUAUAACCCCAACCAGCUUUACUCGCGUCUAUCACUACAGUAAUAACUACAGCGACGAGAAAACUCUCGAUAUCCAAGUAUUCCGUUACAUACGACUGCAUAUCGGCGUCACAUUUCCUCUUGCCCACGAAAUGACCCGAAAUCCCAUCACGCAAUAACCAACGCCAUGUCCGAUAUCCCGCCCGACUUUGCGACUCUCCAGCCCUCCAUUCAAUCCGCUCUUCUCUCCGUCACACGCACCAGCGGCACCCUUGCUGCCACCGAUAUCCCCUUUCAGCGAAGUCUCGAUCCCUCUUUCGGGCGCGCGCUCACCUCGCAAAAUGCGCGGUUGCGAUCGCUCGGCGAACGCCUCAUCCGGGUUGCUCAAGGCGAUGCAGCACCAGCUGAGCCGUCUGGGCAAGGGUCAGGGAAAAAAGGCGCGGGAAUACUAGGGAGCGGUGAGGAGGAGGAUGCCGAAGCUGUGGACGUGAUCGACCGGAACUGGAGAGGGGUGGUGGACGUGCUCGAUGGCCUGCUCGAGAAGGCGGACUCCACGCUGGAUGAAUUUUCCGGCGUCGUCAAGAGGAUGGAUCCGGAAUCUCAGUCGCCGGCACCGCCCAAGGGCAAAACUCAGACACGCAACACCUACCGCUUGCAGGAUAUCACGAAGCCACAGGAGCUCUUCGAGGCCGCACCAACCAACGACGAGACUGCCCCGUGGAAGCCAUUGCUGCACACCAAGCCACACGCGGUUGUGCCGCUUGACCAAAGUCUCGUCACUGUCGCCAACGAUGACGGCCUGGAGCAGUACCAGCAUCCCUACCAAACGGAGAUCGAGCAAUACGACUACCCGGAAUGGGUUUACCAAAACACCGACCCGCAACCGUACCAUCCGUUCGAAAGCACCACGGCGACGUUUGUGGAUACUCCGGAAGCAGUAGAUGAGAUGCUCCAAGAACUGAAGCAGGCAAAGGAGAUUGCCAUUGACUUGGAGCAUCACGAUGCCAGGACGUACAUCGGAUUGGUAUCGCUGAUGCAAAUCAGCACGAGGGACAAGGACUGGGUUGUGGAUACGCUGAAACCAUGGAGAAGGAAGCUACAAGUGCUGAACGAGGUGUUUACGGACCCCAAGAUCUUGAAGGUCCUGCACGGUGCCUACAUGGACGUGGUGUGGCUGCAGAGGGAUUUAGGACUCUAUCUUGUAGGGCUCUUCGACACCCACCACGCAAGCCGGGUCCUUGGAUACGCAGGAGGCAGUCUGGCCUUCCUGCUGCAAAAGUUCGUCAACUUUAACGCACAGAAACAAUAUCAGAUGGCCGACUGGCGAAUCCGGCCGCUGCCCACCGAAAUGUUCGACUACGCCCGCUCCGACACGCAUUUCCUUCUCUACAUCUUCGACCACAUCCGUAAUGAGCUCGUCGCGCGCGACAGCGACCCCCCGUUCGCGUCAGAGCACAUGCACGGGGUCCUGGAGAAAUCCAAGGCCACCGCCCUCAACCGGUACGAAUAUCCGUCCGCCGACCCGGCCACCGGCCUCGGCACCGUGGGGUGGUUCAAGCUCAUCGCGCGCACGCCUGCGCUCCUCGACCGGCAGCAGUUCAGCGUGUUCCGCCGCGUGCACGCAUGGCGCGACCGCGUGGCGCGCGAGGAGGACGAGAGCACGAAUUGGGUGCUGGCGAAUCAUGGGUUGUUCAGCAUUGCGCGGGCGAUGCCAACGACGAAGCAGCAGCUGUGGAAGAUGAUCGGGACGGUUAGCCCCGUGAUGAGACAGAGGGGGGAUGAGCUCGUGGAGGUGGUGCGGGUGGCGAAGGAGCAGGGCAAGAAUGGGCCGGAGAUGGUGGAGGUGUUGAAGAAGAUGGAGGGACUGCUACCUAAGAAAUUCGAGAGGGACAUGGCGUCGAAAUUCGCUAGAGGCCCGUCGACGGCGGAGACGCUUCGAGAGAUUCGGAAUGGAGUGGCGAACGGAACGACCCCUUCGGACGCGACGACUACAGCGACGACGGUUCCCGAUCCAGCACUACAAAAGUUCAAUCCUGCUACAUGGGCCGCCGACUCGUUACGCGGGUUGAUGUCACGAUUUUGGGGCGGGUCUUUGGGCCAGAUACCAACUCCAAUGGGCGUCAAAGGCCACCAGAAACGCGACCAGUUAUCUCACAACGUGUCCUUGUCCCUACCGCUUCCACCUCUCACUGCGGAAGUGUUCUCAGACUUCGAUCAGCUCGAAGGACCCUCCCAGCCAGCCGAACCUCCCGCGCAUUCGUUCGUUCCCGCCUCUUCCCGCCCUGAAGCCAAGGCCGACGACAUCUUCGUCAUCAAGCAACUGGGCAUGCACAAAGCCGGCAAGAAGCGCAAGAGCGAGGCGAUCUCCUCCGAUCCCGCGCUCCCCGAAUCCGGCGGCCCUGCGCCCGCCCCGGACGCCUUCGUCGACGGGAUCGAGGAGGUGCAUGUCACCGACACGGACGACAGCGAUGCGGGGCGACGGUUCCGCGGCGAGAUGCGGGCGGCGGAGAAGGGGCGGAAGCGCGAGCGGAAGAGGCAGAAGAAGGCGGAGAAGCAACGCAGGAGUGACGUCGAGCCGGCGGGGGAUGGGGAGGCGGUGGAGACGGCUCCCGAGCCGUUUGACUAUGCAAGUGCGCCGAGCGUGCUGCAUCCGGCAGGGCAGCCGGAACAGAGUGGGAAGAAGGCGAUGAAUCCAUUCAGGAAGGGAUUGGAUGCCCCAAGGGGGAAGGGGAGGAGAAUGAACCCAGAUGGUAUCAGUGGGACAUGGAAAGGGUGAAAAUAAGGUGGUCUCGAGACUCGAGAAUGCCCUACCGAUUCAUCCUCGCCAUGGUCGAGUUUCUGUAGUACCGCGCAAAUGGCUCUGCCAUCCAACAUGAGGAACACAAUGUAAAAACAUCAGAUGCCUUCAAAACCUCAUUGACAAACGUAUCAAUCC